CGCAUUGAGACCAUUGAAGUUUUCAUGUAGAAUGAGUCAUAAGAAAUAACAAAUGACUACAGCUUUUAGCUAGCUUCAAAUAUAAACAUAAAAACAAAUAAAGUUGGAAUCAUUUGACAUCAAAAUGGCCCAAGAAGUAGAGGAAACUAUGAAAAGAAUACAAUCUCACAGAGGUGUAAUUGGAACAAUUGUCGUCAACUCUGAAGGUAUUCCAAUCAAAUCAACCAUGGAUAAUGCAACGACAAUUCAAUAUGCUGGAUUAAUAAGUCAAUUAUCAGAUAAAGCUAGAUCAAUUAUUAGAGAUUUAGAUCCGACGAAUGACUUGACAUUUUUAAGAUUACGAAGUAAAAAACAUGAAAUCAUGGUUGCUCCUGACAAAGAGUUUAUUUUAAUUGUUGUACAGAAUCCCAUAGAUUAAGUAGAUUUCCAGGUACAUUCCCAUAGUCGAAUUCUCCUGUGGAAAUUGUCAUUAAAAUGUACACGGAAGUAUACGUGAAAAUCUUCAAAUACACCGUCUUGAGAAAUAGUAGAUUACGCAACGGGGCCGUGCGCGAAAGUAGCACUUUCUGCGCGCAGUGAUGAAAACACUUUUCGCGCAUUAGAAAGUGUGUGAAAAACGCAUUUUUCGCUAUACUAUUACAUAAACUAAAGUUUUGCAGAAUAUAGGAUCAGAUAACUAGACGAAAGUGAGUUUUGGUUUUUUAAAUUGUUUCUUUUACAAUGUUUUAAAUAGUAUCUGACUAUUAUUGUUGAAAAUUUAAUAAAAAAUAUUUUCUUUUUAAUGCAUUAAAAGUAAAUAAGAGAGCUUUACCAAGCAAAAUAAAGUAAAAUCUUUUCCGAACUGUCCGAAAAUUAGUUAUUUUACCAUGGUUCCCAAUUGUUCAAGAACUUUUACUCUUAUCACUUUAUAGGUUGCAGGCUCUUUAGAAAAAUAGUCAUUUUUUUCUUACAUUUUUAACUUGUAAAUAUAUAAUGUAUUAUAUGUUACAUAAUAUAUACGUUGAAAUUCAAAGGAUCGGUAUGUAAGGACUAAAUUCUCUAACUUUUAUUUGAUGUACUCAGCUGUCUUUCAGAGACCUCUACGUAAUUUGAGUUGAUAGAAGGCACUCAGAAUUAUCUUUUCUAAAAUAUAAAAAAUUAAAAUGGACAACGUAAAUUAUAGCAUUUCAAAUGAAACUACCAUACAAAAUUAGCUUAAAAUGCUGGGGUAGAGUACACUGGGUUAACAUCGAUUCUGUCUGUUCCAACAGAGUGGUAGAACGUGUUUAAGCAUAGGAAAUUCCGGCGUUCCAUCGGACAGAAUCGAUGUUAACCUAGUGUACAUGUUUUUAUUGUAAAUGGCAGAACCGCCUAUUAUGGCGCAAUUAAGGGUUUUUUUAAUAACAGAAAAUUUACUUGAUGAUAUGGCAUUUUCUUUUCAUAAACAGACUUACAAAACAGUUGUAAUUACGCUGUGAUAAUUAUUGAGCAUAGCCUUUUUGCUUAGUUAAAUUAUAAUCUCAAAAAAGUGGCGUCGUCUGCCUUAAGGGUCUUUUAUUUUACAAAUUACUUAAUUAUCAAUAUACGAUUCGUCAAAAAUAAAGCAUCAUAUUAAAAAAGAGCCCAAAGACAUCAUCUUAAUCCAUAAUGUUAUUAAAAAAUAAAUAAAAACACAAUUUUUGGGGACAAUCCGUAGAUUUAUCCAGUCAAAUUUAUUAGAAAUGAACACGUUAAAAAUAUAUAAACAGUGAGACGUUUUGCAGAUAAUAUUAAUCGUAAUAAUAUUCUUAUAAUGUUAAUCUAUCCUCAGUAAAUUUUCAAUAUGCUCAAGUUUGGAACCCGUAAUAUUGUAAUA